CAUGGUUCAAAGGAAAGCACGUCUGCCGUCUGUGUGCACAUGCAUCGCAUCCACAGACUCGAUCGUCAGAUCGGUCGCGUCUCUUCCUUGCGUCUGUUUGUCACGUUGAGUGUCUGAUCUCGCAGGCGUCGCAAUCCCAGGCUCACCAUGCCUCAGCGAUCCCGGUAGAGACGAGAGCGAGAGAUGACACCCAACGCAUCAAACAGUCGAAGGACACCAGGCAAGCCGGCAGGCAAAUCCAUCUAGGCACGAUUGAUGGCACACACGACAGGGCUUUCCUAGCUACGGGUGUCCUCGACAGGUGGCUGUCAGUCAGAGCAGAGAGAGGGCCAACAGCGGCCAGGCUACUUAGUGUCGCGUCGAAUUGUAUGCACACGGCGCACUCUCAGGCCAGCUGAGCUAUCUAUCUAUGUAUACGAGAGAGAGAGGGAGAGGAUUAUACACGCUCGCCGGCAGGUAUACCGGCUGGCUGGCUGCCUCUCGGCCGCCGAUCUUCAGUCAAACGCGACAAUAUCGUCGACGGAGUCCUCCAGCCGCUGCGAUUUUCUGCACGGCUUGGGCAGCGGGUUGAGGCCCGAGCAGGCUAUCAAGGCACCGUCGCAGUUCUUGUGGCCACACUGUACGAUGGACGAAACACACAGCACACCAGUCAGGGGGAGAGCAGUGCAGACAUCGCGCUGCGUGUCCGGUAGGUAGGUAGUACACGUGAUUGUGUGCCGACUGGGCGGGCGGACCUUGAUGCAAGCUGAUGCACAGCUGUUGAAGAGGCAGGGCCAUUCACACUUGCUGGCGCCGCACGCGAUGGAUUCUGCCCAACACUCAGAACAGCCAGGGGAUACCUGCACACACACACAGAGGUAGGUAUAUAGAAGACCUAUGGCUGUCGGCUCGGCUCGGCUGUAGUACAGUACCCACCCCCCCUGGCUGGCUCUCUCACCGUCUUGCCAUUGAAGGUCGCUUUAUUCAGACAGUCGCGGGACUUGUCCCGUGAUCCGUACGCUGCACAGAUCAGCACACACAAGAGAGGAUCCGAUCCGUGCUGGAGAUCUUUGUCUAUCUGUCGUUGCCUGUGCUGUGCCUAUCUUACUGCUUCGCCCGCAGCUGAAGACAUGCGGGAACCAUGCCUUGUCGAACACGAUUGCCCUGUCACUCUCGUUGUCGCACUGGCCCGCUGGAGCGGCCCUCGCCUUCCCUCCCUUGACCGCCGCCUGCACGGCGCUGUCUGGCUGGUUCGGCGGUGAUGCGGCCACGAUGAUGACUGAAACCAAGACAAGCUGGACAGUCCACCACGAGGCAGCCAUCGCAGGUGCAGGAAAGAUCGCCGCAAAAGAUCGUCG